AGACCUGGUUGCCUAACAAAAGGCGCGCGUCUCCCUCUACUCCAAUGGGAGGUCGCCCUUUUCUUCGCUCGGAGCGCCUUCAGCCGACAAUUACCGAAUCAGAAAUGGAAGCCCGACAGCCCCGCCAUCUGUCUCCCAUCCGCAGAGUGAGCCGACGUGAAUUAAUAUUCUACACUGUUUUGCGAUUUUUACUGUGAUAUCGUGGUAGUUUUAUAUUGUUUUGAGUGUCUAUUAUUGGUUGGUGCCAUUUUAAAAUGUGACCGGUGUCUUUUUUAUGCUGCGAACUGUAUUUGCGGAGUUCUAUUGCAGGUUAUGCUGUACAAUUAUCGUUGUAAACCGAAUCUAGAAAGCUGGCUGCCAAACUAACACAAAUGCCAUUGAAUUAUUGUUUUAACUGACCAUUACACCGUCGACGGACUUGGUAAGCGGACUAAAAUGUCGGAGGAAGACGGCGUUGCACUUCCAGAUCCGACUACAUUGCCUGAGGAGGAACCAGAAGUGCAACAAGAACCUGCGCCAACGACUGAGGAACAAGAGGUAGAGCCUGAAGCGGUCGAGAACUAUGUCGAAGAGGAAAUAGAUGAAGAAGAGGAAGAGGAGGAGGAGGAGGAGGAGGAGGAUGAGGAGGAAAACGUUCCAGAAACAGAGCCUGACCAACCGGUGGAGUCCCAGGAGAGACAACAAGAGACACAGGAGGAUUCCAAAUCGAUUCCCGACACCACUUCCACAAAUGACACGGAAAGCAACGCCGACAUUAGCGACUUUAAUCUGGAUGAUAACGCCGACAACUCGCGGAGGUCGAAACGUGAACUGAAAAUGCUGCUGGCACUGUCCAAGGAGGCAAAUCUCAACACCAACAUAUCGCACAAACGAAAAACGACCGAAAACACCAAAUACAAGGACAUAUUCGAUAGUCCGAAAAGCAAGAAGUCGUCGCGUGAAGGUUCGUAUCCGGUGACGGCGGAAAGCGAGUUGGAUGUGGGACCAACUACAGCAGAGACAGCCCCAGUGGUCACCCCAAUGAAACGGAAAAGAGAUAGUAUCGGCGAGCCUUCUACAGGUGGCGCCACAGAUGACGUUCCCAAAAAGAACAGGAAAUCUCUCAGUGCAGGAUUUAUCAUGUUUAAAGAGAACAAGGACAUAUUCUGCUGGAGGUGUCACAAAGAUGAUGUCAACAUUGCUUGUGAAACAUGUCCCAGGUCAUACCAUCAGAAAUGUCUUAAACAGACCAUAACUGAUACUGAGCACUGGCCCUGUCCAGAAUGUGUGGCCAUUCUCAAGGCAGAAAGCACUCAGACCAGUGAUGAUUGCAGGUCAGAAGCUAUGCGAGGCAUGGACCUGGAGCAUCUGUGUAGCCUGCUGAAGUACGCUGCCAAAAGAAUGAUCCAAUGUGGAGGGUCGGAACCCUUUUUGCACGCCGUCAAUGAGAACGACUUCCCGGACUACAAGCGGUACAUCAUUCAGCCCAUGGAUCUGACCACGCUCGAAAAGAACAUCCAGCAGAACAUCUACGGCAGCACGCAGGCUUUCGAGGCGGAUGCCAAAUGGAUCCUGCAUAACUGCGUCAUUUUUAAUUCGUGUUGGCGCGCCCUAGAUCAAUCGAAACUGACGUCGGUUGCGAAAACAAUCCUCAAGAUAUGCAAGCAGGAGAUGGCAGAAAUCGAGAACUGUCCCUCGUGCUAUCUCAACGCGAACACAAAAAAAGACACGUGGUUUGUGGAGGCGUGUCCCAAACCGCAUCUUUUACUCUGGGCCAAACUUAAAGGAUUCCCUUAUUGGCCGGCGAAAUUGAUGUGCUCAAAUAAUGCCGGAUUGGUGGACGUUAGGUUUUUUGGUGCUCACGAUAAAGCUUGGGUCUCGUAUAAGGAUUGCUAUUUGUACUCGCUGAAGGACCCUAACAGCUACAAGCAGAAACGCUACGACAUCGACCAGUGCACCAAGGAGUUGGACAUCUACGUAAGUAACCUAAAAGCGGUGUUUGGUGAAGUGUCACUCGCGCCGUUCAAAACGCCAUUGGACCCGGACGAUGAGAUGCGCCAGCUGCGCCAGCUGCUGCCCAACUACGACCCGGCGAUCGAUUACAAGGAGGUGAUUCGGGGCAUGCGCUCGGAAGGUCCGUACGUCGCGGACGUCAACAUCUCAGCAGUCGGGUCGAACGAGCCACCGUCGGAACGGAGUGCCGGUGGCGACACCUCGAUUGUGGGGUACGGCACGGACGAUGAGAGCCGAUCGGAGGAAGUGAGCAGGCACAUGCGCCCCAUGUUGAUGGACGAGAGCGACGACGAGACUCCUACAUCAGGCAACGUCGCCGCUCGUGACACAACAGAAAAAUCACUUGUAAUACGUAGAAGAUCAUCUGACGUUAGUGUCAAACGUUCGUCUAGCGACGAUGACAAGCCAGGAACUCAACGACGUCGUAACAGUGAGAUUGAUAUAAAAAUAAACCGGACAUCUGAAGUAUCCAAACAAAACAUCGAGGCGGACGAAGAAUCUCUGCCGCUUAGCCCCAAGAAGAAGCUUAAAAUCACCGAUAAACUAAUUAAACGUUUAUCAGACGGUGACAAAGUGAAUGACAAGGAGACUGACGAUACCACAACAGCUGACGUAGGAACCGAAGAAGCGAAACAAGACUCGAACGAAACUGAUGAUACAAAUACAGACGAGAAACCACCAGAAGACGACAAAAUGAAGUACCCCAAAAAUCCUAGAGUAGAAUGGAUGAAAAUUGAUGACGAAGACCGACCUACCAAGAUCAAGAUCAAACUAGCUGGUUUGACGGGCCUCGGUAGGAAAUUAUCAAAAGGGGAGAAACAAUUAAGCCGAGAAGAAAAAGAGAAGCGCAGAAGCAAAAGCAGAGAACAAUCCCCUUUAAAAGUACAACACGAACCUACCGAGGACCCGCCAAAAACUCCUAACUCAGAAGAAACAAUUUCUUCACACGUCGAGAAUGAAGAGACCGUUAAUUCUAGUUCCAUGGAAGUGAAUAACGAAGCCGGUGAAACUGUAACCACGGAAGUUAUCGAACCCCCUCCGUCAGUGAACUCAUCGGAAGUGACCAUCACCAGAAAACGCAAGGCGAGUGAAAGUCGGGAAGAGACUAAAGCGAAACCGAUUAAGAUUUUGUGCGUCGAAGAUCUGCACAAACUGACGGACAAACCGAAAGAGAAUUCGGAUAAGGAGAAUGCCGAAACGACACCCGAAGACAUCGAAAUCAAGAGCGAACCAGACAGUUCCGAGGAAGGAGAUGCCGAGUAUAUGGAGAAGAAACGCAAGUAUUUAUCCGCUUUGAACAUUUCGGAAAGGUCCAAUGAUGCGGUGAAGACAAACAGUAAGAGUAACGAAAUCAGAACGAGAUCCAAGACUGAAGAAAAGGCUAACAAGGUUAAAGCAAAAGACAAGGACAAAGACAAAGAAGUUAACAAUGUCCAUCAGAAUAAUGAUGAUGGUGAAAUUAAAGAAAAACCACAUAAGGAAAAGAAAAAGUCACAUAAUUCAAGAAAGAGCGACGCAUCCGACAUACAAGUAAAGUCUUUUGCCAAAUUGACUACGAAGGAACGCGCUCGCAAGACGUUCCCCACUCCCAACUUCAUCAAAAUUAAAAAGCCCGGAGAUGUCUUAACCUUCACCCCAGAUAAACGACUCCAGGAAAAGACCAACAGCACGGUAGCGAAAUCAUCCACGGGAACUGCUAUUCAAACGACAUCCCCCAGUCAACCUAUCGUCACCCUGGCGAAAGUGCCGACUUCGAUGGCUGUCACCCUAACUCCGAGCUCAUCGCAACCCACCAAGCAACCACAACAACCGAUGACGACGGUGUCGCUGCCCCAACUAUUCGUGCCGCCUCUCGAACCGAUUCGUACGUCGGUGCCGUCCAAAACAGACGGCAUGAGGAUGGUUUUCCUCGGGCCGCAUUCUCAAGACGUUGUUUUGAUACCUUCCAAUCAAACCAUUACAUACGCAAACUCCUCCACCCCCAUGUUCUCACUGUUGCCUCCGCCACUAACGGCGUCGAACGCUGCCAUUCAACUACCCAUAUCGACCACCACAACGUUCCAACUGCCCAAGACAAGCACCGAGCCGACUCCGGUCGUGACCCUGCAAGCGAAAGUGCCGCAAAAGCAGAACGCGGAUGCGGACACUGCGACACCUCCGCCCAGCAACAUCUUGCUGACCAGUUUGUUGGAGAAGCGCGGAGCCUCCGCACCGUCGUCGGACGUGAUCGGCACCGAGGAGGAGCCGAACGCGGAUCCUGCUACCGCUUCGGCGCAGAAGGACAUCGCGAAUGAUAUGAACGCGCUGAACUGUUUCAUGCCGGAACAGGUAUCGCGAGCGGUCAGCGAUCUACUGUGCAGGCCUCCGCCAAAGCUGAAACCGCGACCGCCAGGCGCAUUGAGUUGCAACUUCGACGAGGGCCUACCCAGUUCCGCCGGAAGGGUCACUUCCAAAAUCAAUUCUGUGGCUCACAAGUUGGGUGACUAUUUCCGAGGUUUGCUCAUUGAGACUAUUGAAAAUUUGGGCGCCGACAACAGCCCGGAGGCUAGGAUUACGAGUCUGAGAAUGGAAAUAGAGAAUUUGAAACACAAACACGAAAUAGAAAUGCUGGAAAUCAGGAAAAACGUCUCGGUAAUAACGGAGGACAUCCAGCGAGGAAUCGCCGAGGAACGGGAGAGACUCAUCGCUCAGACCAGAGCGGAGUGCGAGUUGGAAACUAUUAAGCGAGUAGCCGAAGCAAAAUCUAAACAAUGGUGUGCGGUUUGUUUAGAGGAGGCCCAGUUUUAUUGUUGUUGGAACACGAGUUAUUGCUCGUUCAACUGUCAGGACAAACACUGGCCGUCACACAUGACAAAGUGCACGCAGAACAGCAACAGCUCUCAACAGAAACAGGCGUCGGCAACAACAGCGGCGGCGACCACUUCAUCGUCGCAAAACAGGUCGCCCGCCCAACCUAUAGUAUUGAGGCCGGCGAAUCCGCCGCCUAAACAUCAAUCAGUCGGGCGCAUUAUUACAAGUAAACCAACAAAAUUGUACAUGAACCGAGUAGGGACGCCUUCAAAAACAAACUUUAAGCAAAACGGCAACCACUUAACGUUAGUGGAGGCGUCGCCGGGAAACUUCGAAUUACGUGCAACAAAUGGAGUGCCCAUUUCGAUGUCAGGCAAGACCAUCAUCACAACGCCAACGCUCCUGACGAAAAUAAAGUCCGGCAGCGUCACGUUGACUACUACAAAUUCGAGCAGUCCCUCUCAGAAGAGUGUUUUAAAAGAGAGUCCGAACACCGAUCGGGCUCAGGUUAUUUCUGAUGAUGAGGAUUCCGAAUAGUUCAUAUUCGUAUUUACUUACUACUUUACUUGUUAGUAUCAACAUGUUUGCAGUUGACUGUUUGAUACCAUUGGUUGUAUAAUUCGUUUCUUUAUUAUGCGAUUUUGUUUGUAAAUAGCCUUAGAUUUAUAGAUCUGGAAUUAUAAUUUUGUAAAAUAUUUACAAUGUAUUUAUGACUGAAACAAAUCCAAAUUUGAUUAUUUUGUUUUACUGUCAUAUUGAUAACAUGUUUAAACAUGUUUAUUUAAUUUAAUAAUAAAACUGUUUUAUGUAUAA